AUGUACAACAAGGAACAGAUAGAUAGGUAUCUCGACCAUAUCGGGUUUCCUCGAGAUGUACACCCAAAAGAUCCACUCGAAUUGUUGGCUGAGCUACAAAAGCGGCAGUUAGAGCGAGUGCCAUUCGAGAAUCUUUCACUCCACUACUCGGUACAAAAGGUUCUAUCAUUGGAUCUCAACGACUUGUUCGAGAAGGUUGUCGUUCGUGGCCGUGGAGGAUAUUGCAUGGAGAAUAACAAUUUCUUCGGGGCUGUUCUUCGAAGUCUAGGAUUUGACUCCAUGUAUGCUGCGGGUAGGGUUAGCCGGCCUACGACAGAUGGCAAAAAUGGAGCAUGGAUAGGAUGGAGUCACCUUGUGAACCUUGUCAAAAUUGACAACCUCCGGUAUUUGGUGGAUGUUGGUCACGGCACCCCCUGUCCAACAUAUCCUAUAUUGUUGGGUGGCGGCAUUGUGGAUGGAAUCAUCCCACAACAGUUCAAAGUCGACUUCACACAGCUGCCCCAGCAUUCAGACCCCAGUCAACGUCUCUGGGUUUAUUCGCAUCGCAGCUGCCAGGAUUCACCCUGGGUCGAGGCUUACUGCUUCACGGAAACCGAGUACUUUGACACCGAUUUUGAGACAAUGAACCUCUAUCCUAUGACAAGUCCAAAGAGCUUCUUCACGCAGCACGUGGUCGCACACAGGUUUCUCGUGGACGAAGAGACGAAAGAAUUGAUUGGAUUCGUAGCGCUUUUUGGAAACAGAAUUAAAAAGAAUAUCCGGGGCAAAGAGACCGUCAUGCGGACUUUUCAGGAUGAGGAAGAGAGAAUCGAGACAAUCGAUCGCUGGUUCCGGAUCCGACUAAGCACAGACGAACGGCAAGCGAUUAAGGGAUAUACGAGUGAAUUAAAAUAA